GUCAGGCUCUCUUCUCGACUUACUAUUUCAGAUGAUUUGAAGGUUGGCUUUUUCUGCACAGACCAUGCUACGCAGACAGAUUCCAGCGAAAUUCUGCCCUUAAAAGAGUUGAGCUCAUCUACAGAAAAGCUAAUACGGAUUAUUAGAUCCCUUCAAGUGGAUUUUGGGUUCCUCAAAGAAUUGCUUCAGUUGAAAUUUGAGGACCGUCUUAAAGAAGAGUCUUUUAAUCUCUUCACUGCUCUACAUGACAGGAUCCUAACAAUUGAAAAACAUUAUCAAGAGAAUGAGGACACCAUAAGAAAAUGCUACAAUCAGCAGUUGGCUGAUGCCAUAGCUGUUAUCAAAGGAAUGUACAAGCAAUUCUUUGAGGUGGAAGAAGAGGCUUUUGUGCAUGAAUCAACUAGCAUCAAAAUGAGUGUUUUGUUAAAAAAACUGAAGGACAGAGAAGAAGUUAUUAAGGAAUUAAGAGAAGAACUAGAUCAAUACGAAGAGUCUAGACUUCAAAAAUUUGACGCUUUUGCCAGAGAGACGAUGCUAGAGAGGGAAAAUCUGGAGUACAAAGUGGCAAACGAGAGAAUGCUGCAGAUCAUUGCAGAGCUCGAAGAAGCGAUCAGACUCAACCUAAAGGAAAAUUCAGUACUAGAAGAUGAAAUUAUAACUCUGAAAGAGAAGGUAGAAAAGAAUCAUAGAACUAUUCAAAAGCUGUUUGAUGGUAGAGACAGAUUACUGUGUGAGCUUGAUUAUGAAAAAGCAUUAGUUCAAGAAAUGUGGCAUCAGCGGGAGGAGAGGAAAAACAGACCCAGCCUGCACACUGAAUCAGGCCAAAAGGGAGUGUGGGACUGGGAAAAAGACCAGAUCCAUGCCCUUUGGGACUGA